GCGGAAACGACGUAUGGACGCCAAACAUGGCGUCAGAUUCAAACGGCUGCGAGAUAAAUGUUCCAGUUUGUAAAUGGAGGCCGGUUUAGCCUGAAGGCGUUAGUGCGUCUGGUGGCAAGGCAACAGCAGCAUCCGAGCAACCGGCCUCCCCCGGUCCCAGAGCAAGCAGCCUCCCGACGAACGAACCACCAGCCUGGGGUACAGAGCCGGAGACAUGCAGCCUGAACCGGCGGAGCGGAGCAGACAGUCCGGCCGGAGCCGAGCGGAGCAGCGGGGAUCCGAAGAGAGGAGGUCCGGGGAGGAAGCAGCGAGGUUGAAGCAGAAAGAGAAGCAGACAGGAGGAAAAAAAAGAGGAAAGGAAGAGGAGGAGAGAGGAAGAGGAAGGAAAGACGAAGGCGACGAGUCGAGGAGGCUGAGAUGGAAAAUCAACGAGCUGGAGAAAGAAAAGCUGCAGCUGACGACUGAACACAACCAGGAGAUCUGUCGGCUGCAGGCGGCGUCGACUCGCCUCCGGUCGGCCGUGGAGCUCAGCGAGGCUCAGGGGGCGGAGCUUCAGUACCAGCUGACGACGAGUCGCAGAGAGAACCAAUCGCUGGCAGGUCGAGUCUCCGUCCUCCAGGAAACUCUGGACGAGACGCGCCGCCGCCGCCAGCAGGACCAUGAUGCUCUGCAACAGGAAGUGGAGGAACGAAAUCAGCUGAUUGACAAGAUGAGCUCCGAAAACCAGCGACUCCAGCGGCUGCUGCAGGAGCAGCAGGAAGUCCUUCAGGACCUUCAACAGGAGAAGCUGAAGGAGGCUGAAGUGAAGCAAAGACAGACGGACCAGAUGAAGCUUCUGAAGGAGAAACUGGAGGAGAGCCGUCGAGAGAAUGAGCUCUCAGAGCAGAAGAUCAAAACCCUGGAGGCCAACAUGGAGGAGGAAAGGUCCACUCAUCUGGAGACCAAGUUCACCUCUGAGAUCGUCCAGCUGAGGCUCAGAGAUCUGGAGGCCAUGGUGGCGGUGGAGCGAUCCGGCCAGCAGGAGGCGCUCUGCAGCCUGAAGCUGCUCCGAGAUCAGUUGAUGGAGGAGAGAGAGAGGAGGGACGCUACUGAGCGCGCUCUGCAGCGGCUGCAGACGGAGUUCGAUCAGUGUCGGUCUGAUGUGAGCGUUGCCAUGGAAACGCAGAGGAAGAUGGCAUCCGACCUUUCAGAGCAGCUGGAGGACGAGAAGAGACGACACGCUGACACUCAGUCUCUGCUGCAGCAGGCAGCUCAGAGUCGCAGUGAAGCAGACGAAGCCUUCGUUGACUCCAUGAAUCAGAUCAGAGACCUUCUGAAACAACACGGCAGCUCAGGUGAACCAGCAGAGGAUGCUGGGAGUCGGAGUCUUUCUGCUGAAGUCCUGCAGCUGCUGAGGACGACGCUCAGCUCCAACCAACACAGACUGCAGGAAGCCGACCAACAGGUUCAGGAUCUGCUGUUUGCGUCGCAGAAGCUGCAGGAUGACAAUCAGACUCUUCGACAGCUGGCGUCAGAUCAUAAGAGUCAGAUAGAGGAGUCUCGGCUGGUUUCGGUCCGACUAGAGGAGGAGGCGACUCGGCUGCGUCAGGAGGCGUCUGAUUGGUCGAAACAGAGUCAAGUCCUUCGAGUCGAGCUGGACGAAGAGAGAAAGGCGAGGACGGAGGAAGUCCAGGAGAUAAACGGCCGACACCAGGAAGAGUCGACGGCCCGGCUGACCUUCCUCCACUGCCUCUAUCAGCGCCUGCUGGCCGGCUGUGUCCUCCUCCAGCAGCCCCAGAGCAUUCUGGGUAACUUCACCUGGCUGGAGCUGUGUGACGUCAUCAGCGAGCAGGUAGACCAGCUGACCUCUGACCUGCAGAAGGCCAAUGACAAGAUCGCCCACCUGCAGAGUGUGUGUCACAAGAAGAGUGUGUGUGUGCGCGAACUGCAGCGCAGUCAGGAGUGUGUGUUGUCUCGACUAAAGGAGAGUGUGAAGAGGAGGGAGGAGGCCUGGAACAGCCAGCACCUAAGCACUGUGAAAGAGCUGCAGCUGUGUCGCUCUCAGUGUGACUCCCUCCAGGCCCUGGUCUCCUCACUGACCUCCGACCUCACUAGGAGUCGUAGGACCUGCUCGUCCUGCUCCUCGGCGUCCGUCCUGCUGGGUGGAGCCCUCCGACAUGCCCUCCUCCGCCUGGGCCGGCUGUCCCAGCAGAAGAGCCUCCUGAGCAGGCGUCUGGAGGAGCUGGAGCUGCUGGAGGAGGAGGUGAGGAGGCUGGGAGAUGCUCUGGGAGCCCAGGAGGAGGAGCAGGAGGACGGAGGCAGGAGGAGCAGGCCCCUGAGGAGGUGGAGGAGGACGGUGUGGGUGGUGAUGGCGGUGAGGAGGUGGAGGCAGCUGGCUGCAAACACAACACUGCUGUUCCAGGUGGAGACAGGAGGUCGGACUGUGUGUGUCUGUGGAGGCUCAGCUACACUGGAGGGUCAGAAUCUGUCAGAUCAGGAUGAAGGUCCAGCUGCUGUCUGUUAUCGGCUGCUUCGAUCUGAACGUCUGUCCUCCAUCAUCCUGUCAUCCAUGUCUGACCUGCAGGAGGCGCUGUCUCACUCUGGCUCCGCCCCUCCUCACCUGAUGUCAGCCGCUCGCUCAGCUCUUUCCCGCCUCUUGGACCAGUUGCUGGACCAAUCGGCAGACGGCAUGGAGACGGACAGGCUCAGACCGACUCCUCGACCCGACGUGAAGGCCCUGGUGUCCAACCUGCAGCAGCACUUCCUGCUCUUCAGCCAACGGCUGCACUCGGCCGAGGUGGAGAGGCGGAGCCUGAGGGUGGAGCUGGCCAAUCAGAAGAGAGGACAGCGACGAGAAGAGGACAGCCGCAGGACGGCAGCGUCGGAGCGUUUCCACAGUGUGUGUGCGGAGCUCCGUGAGGCUCUGAGCAGAGAGCAGCAGGCCCAGACUCUGAUCCAAGAACAGUCCCACCAGCUGCACACACUGCGACAGGAAGUCAACGCACACAACACGCAGCAGACGGACACACAACGCACGCUGAGCCGCACAACACAGGAGGUGAGCAGGAAGGAGCGCUCGCUGAGGAUUCUGGGUAAACACCUGUCGGAGGUUCAGAGGCAGAAGGAGCAGGUGGAGGAGAAGCUGCAGAGAGCUGAGGAGGAGCUGAGCCACGCCCACAGGCAACAGGAAGCUGUGAUCAGCUGUGUGAAGGCUGCAGAAAGGAACUGCACACAGGUCAGAGACAGUCUCGUCCAAUCACAGCGCUCCAUGGUGGCUGAGCCCCGCCCCCUGCUGGAGCUGCGUGGAGCAGAGAGCAUCAUGGGAGCUGCUGAGGUGGCAGCGUGCCAGAGUCUCCUCUCCUCCAUCUCCCAGCUCUGUCACACCUGCAGCUCCAGGAUUGGUUGGCUGGAACAGGAAGUCUCCGCCCACCGAAGUCAUGUGACGGCGCUGCUCAGCGAGCUGCAGGACGUCUGUCUCCGUGACAACCAGGCCUUCGUCCCCGUGACAGAAUUUCCUGAAACAAUCCCUUUGGCUGACGUGGACAAACCGCCACCUGUCCUCCUCUCUGAUUGGCCAAAGGACCUGGAAGACAGAAUAAGCCCCGCCCCUCCAGAGAUAAACCCCACCCCCUUGUCGCUGCUCUGCAAACCCAAAGCAAAGAAAGUGACGAAAAAGAAGAAGGUUGGAGGGUCGAGGUAGACGGAGGUGACUGAAUGUUUCUGAUUUGUCCGUCUGGAGGAGGAAACGCUGCAAAGUGAAGAAGGAGAAGAAGAAGAAGAAGAAGUUUCCCUCCAGCUGCUCGGUGACAGAUGCCUGAAGUCCAGAUGUUGGAGUCGUGACAGCGACUGUGACGGAUCAGCAGCUGCAGCUUUAGUUCAAACCUGAAGAACAGGCAAAUGAAACGUGUACGAGACCCGCUGGCACACAUUAAAUACACAACAGGAACACAAACGGAGUCACAGAAAACCUGAUUUAUUUCACAGACGCACUAAACAACCACAAAGAGACAAUAAACAACUGCAAAGACACACAAAACACAGAAAAUGACCACAAAGAGACACAAAAACACACAAUAUCACCACUAAAAUACAGAAAAUGACUACAAAAGGGAACAAAACUACCACAAGGACACACAAAAAGACACUAAAUAACCCAAACAAAAUAAAAAAAUUACUAUAAACAGGCACAAAGUCAUACAAAAUGAAAACAGAGACACAAAAUAACUACAAAGACAUACAAAUGGGCAACAAAGACAAAACUACCACAAAAUGACACAAAAAACUCACAAAAUUAUCACAAUACACAAAAUAACCCACAGAGACACAAAGAAGCCACAAAGAGGCACAAGUGUAUACAAAGUGACACAAAGAGACACAGAAUCACCACAAAAAGACACAAAAUGCAACUAAAGACACACAGACUCACAGCUGCUGAAAGUGGAGAAACGCUGCUGAACAAAAGUGAGAAAAGUUUUUGAGCAGAAAUAUAAAAACAUGACAAACAUCUUCCUGCUGCAUCAG